GUCGGGGAGCAGUGUUGCUUGUGUGCAGCGAUGGCUCGUACAAAGCAGACGGCGCGCAAGUCGACCGGCGGGAAGGCGCCCCGCAAGCAGCUGGCCACCAAGGCGGCCCGCAAGAGCGCGCCGGCCACGGGCGGCGUGAAGAAGCCGCACCGGUACCGGCCCGGCACGGUGGCGCUGCGCGAGAUCCGGCGCUACCAGAAGUCGACGGAGCUGCUGAUCCGCAAGCUGCCCUUCCAGCGGCUGGUGCGCGAGAUCGCGCAGGACUUCAAGACCGACCUGCGCUUCCAGAGCUCGGCCGUGAUGGCGCUGCAGGAGGCGAGCGAGGCCUACUUGGUGGGGCUGUUCGAGGACACCAACCUGUGCGCCAUCCACGCCAAGCGGGUCACCAUCAUGCCCAAGGACAUCCAGCUGGCCCGGCGCAUCCGCGGCGAGCGCGCCUGAGCUUCCUGCCCCGCCAGCACCAAACCCAAAGGCUCUUUUAAGAGCCACCACACCGCCA